AUGACUUCUGGCACCCUCAAGCAAUACCUACGUCGGCUGCGCAAGGUUAACCUGAAGGUGCUGAAGCGGUGGUGCCAGCAGAUCCUGAAGGGCCUGUACUUCCUGCACUCGCGGUCCCCGCCCAUCAUCCACCGCGACCUCAAGUGCGACAACAUCUUCAUCACCGGCACCACCGGCAGCGUCAAGAUCGGCGACCUGGGGCUGGCCACCCUCAAGAACAGGUCCUUCGCUAAGAGUGUUAUUGGCACACCGGAGUUCAUGGCGCCGGAAGUGUACGAGGAGAAGUACGACGAAGGCGUCGACGUGUACGCGUUCGGCAUGUGCAUGAUGGAGAUGGCGACCCUGGAGUACCCUUAUGGCGAGUGCUCUGGCCCUGCACAGAUCUACAGGAAGGUUAUCAUUGUGAGUAUCAACAAUUAUCUUCCCCUUCCUCCUCAACCCUUUUCUAACUCCCCUCCUCCCCUCAGGCCGACGGUCAAGGAGCUGCUCAACAACUACUUCUUCCAGGAGGACAUCGGCGUCGUCGAGGUCGUCAACAAGGACGAGGCCGUGGCCUCUAAUGACCCCAAGAUCACCCUCAGGCUGCGCGUAACAGAUGCCAAGAAGCGUAAGGACAAGCACAAGGAGAACGAGGCCAUCGAGUUCGAGUUCAACCUCAGCACAGACACCCCCGAGGGCAUCGCCAGCGCCAUGGUGGCGACGAACAUGAUCGCGGGGGCGGAAGAGACGUCCGUGUGUCGUCUCGUCCACGCUGCCGUCCACAACAUGAAGCGCGAGCGCGAGAACCGCCGUAACAACGAACUCAUGAGCGAGAUACUCGAGGACCAACCCCAGCUCACGAUGGACCAACACCUGCUCAUGAUGGCUGGGGGCGGCUCUGCCAGACCUCCAGACGCCCCAGCCCUGCACCCAUACCUCAUGGAGCAGACCUUGGAGCAGUUCAACAAGUUCCAGACGGAGAAGAUGAUGAUGGAGGAACAGCUGCGUGAAGAACAGAUGCAGCAAAUGCAGGUCGAGCUCAUCCGCAGGCAGAUAGAUCAGGCGGUGGACAACCAGCAUCACAUCCAGCCAAUUGCUGCGCCCUCUGAACUGCAGCUGCUGCAGCAACAGCAGCAGAUGCAGCUGCAGCAACAGCAACACAUGCAGCAACACUUGUUGCAGCACAUGCAACAGCAACCUGUGCAACAGAUGCAACAACUACAGCCGCCUGUGCAACAGCAACAGUUGCAACAACAGCAAAAUGUUCAACAACAAAACCAGCAACAGGUGCCUCAACAGCAACAGGUGCCUCAACAGCAACAGGUGCCUCAACAGCAAGUGCAGAUGCAGCAAGGCCAGCAGCAGCAGCAGGUGCAAAAUAUGUUGCGUCAAGAUUCUCAGCCGCAACAUCAGGUUGAUCAAGCUUAUGUACAGCAACAGCUGCAGCAGCAGCAGCUGUUGAUUUCUGAUAACACCCUUGACAAGCAGCAACAGAUGUCACAACAACAGCAACCGCAUCAGUUGCCACAGCAAAUGCAACAGGUGCCUCAACAACAGGUGCCUCAACAACAGAUGCUUCAACAACAGAUGCCUCAACAACAACAGCCGCCUCUUCAGCAGCUACAGCCGCCUCUUCAGCAGCAGCUAUCAUCCAUGCAACAACCUCAACCGCCGCUUCAUCAACAGCCACCUGUUUAUCAACAGCUCCCUGUCCACCAGCAGCCUCCUGAUCAUCAACAGCCUCCUGUCCUUGAGCAUCCACUUGUCCACCAACAGACAUCUCUUCACCAGCAGACACCUGUCCACCAGCAGACACCUGUCCACCAGCAGACACCUGUCCACCAGCAGACUCCUGUCCACCAGCAGACACCUGUCCACCAGCAGACACCUGUCCACCAGCAGACACCUGUCCACCAGCAGACUCCUGUCCACCAGCAGUCACCUGUCCACCAGCAGACACCUGUCCUUCAGCAACCACCUGUCGACCAACAGCCUCAUGCAUAUCAGCAGCCUCUUGCUCACCAAAAGUCUCUUUCUCAUCAACAGCCUCCUGUCCUCCAGCAACCACCUGCCCAACAGCAGCCACUUGUCCACCAUCAACCACCUGUCCACCAUCAACCACCUGUCCACCAUCAACCACCUGUCCAACAUCAACCACCUCUCCACCAGCAACUGCCACUUCAUCAUCAACCGAAUCUAGCCGAAGCCCCUGCCUGCUCUGCAGGAGGAUCGAGUAUAGCGACGACCUGCACAGCUCUUCCUCCAUGUUACCCUUCGUUCGCCCCUCAGCACCACGUGAACUUGCCUAACUCGGGGCUCCUGCCGGCGAGCUACGUGCCAUCGGGCACGUCGAUGCCUUUACAACACCACCACGUGUUGUCCGUGGAGGGGAAUUUCCCUGGGGACCUUUUAUCUCAGUCCAGCAUCCCCCAGGCCGUCACGAGCGCCAACUUGAAUUCGUUACCCAAGACCUCGAAUUGUCUUCGCCAGUCUACCCCCUGCAACCUGAACGACAUCAUUUUCUGUGACGAUCUCCCUAAACCAUCCCUUGGGCUCUCACUAACUGGGACCUCUGGGGUGGCGGCAAGUCCUGCGCCAAGUUUAAUAUCUAGUUUAGCAACAAAUGUAAUCCCUAGUUCAUAUUGUGGUGGCGGUAACUACGUGCACUCAACUAGUUCUUGUCUAGCGUCCGCUCUCAGUGACCGAGUCAUUUCAUGCGACACUGCCGAUGCGCAUGCCCCCAUUCCGCCGAGCGGGGAGCAGGUCUUGCAUGCCAUUCCAUCUCAGGACCCCAUACCCCAACCCACACCCGAGCAGCAGGAGCACAUCCAGAAACUCCUGGAUGAGACCGACCGCAGUUUAGACCACGGGCCACGAGCCACACAACGAGAUAAGGAAACUAGCAUUAAAGAUGAGCAUGAUAGCUCCCAGAAACCUAUCUUAUCCUCGUCAGAACUCACUUGUAGAGCACCAGACAUUGCUGGAGGUAAUCCUACUUUAUCAGCAGCUGCUUCUGUACAGGCGGUAGAAUUACCUGUGCAACUACAAUCCAUCGAAGCAACAGCCUCAAAGGUUCAAACUUUAGCAAAUAUUUACCCUACGGCACCCUUAGUGUCACGUCAAAUUUCCAUGCCGGUUCAGAACUCUUCGCAGUCAAUCGAUCUCCCUGCUUCGAUUCAUUCAAAUGCUAAUGCCUCGCCUGCCGUGCCAAUGGCUACACAAGUUUAUCAAACAACUGGGAAUACUGCUCUUUACGGUCACUCUAUCUCACACGAUCCGUCUUUUCCUUACCCCUCUUCUUCGACUUACGCUCGGUCUUUGUCUCAGCCUCCGCUUUCAGCAGUGGCACGUUAUACCCCAUCCAUGACUACCCCUCUAGGCCUCUCUUCUGUGCUGAACGCGAGUGGAGGAAUCGUUUCGAAUUCGGUUCCAACUUCAAGCCAGAUGAAUGUUGCUACACCAAUGAUCCCUGCACAGCUGAAAUUCGACACAGCGUUGCCUACCGUGGCUGUCCUGACCUCCAACUACCCUCACGACGUCCAAGUUUCUGCUGAAACUGGAGGCACCGCGUCUUUGGCCGCCACGCAGGUCCCGGCACCUCCUACCGGAUCAUGGAUGCAUCAUAACCCCACGUGCUUAUCAUCUUGGUCGGGACACGCUGCUGCUGUACCGGUAGAGCAAGUAGGCUCCCAACCUCCAGACAUGUCUUCUAGUCAGCGUUCUGGUCCAAGUUUAGCACAAGUUAACGAGUAUGUUCCUCAAGUUCUUGAGGUGGGCUCCUACCCACCUAUACCCUCUAGUCGUGUGACUUCGUUUGUUCCGAAGCUGCCCAAUGUCUCCUCUAUUGUGGCGAUGUCAGCACGACCUGAAGAUGCUGUACCUGCGAGUAAUGGUUGCGGUAAACCCUGCUCUGAAGAAGUGGUUGUUUCGAACGGACUGAAAGAGCCAGUACCCACUGCAAAGUUAGAGCAGUUAUGCACUGCGUUGAUGUGCGAGUCGAAUUUGACAGCAGGUCCCACUUCCAGCGAUGUGUUGAAUGAGCAUUUAGUUUUUGCUUUGCCACGGAUAUCCCCUCUUGGUGAUGGUGGAGCUUCCCCUGUCGUAUCAACUUUUUCAGUUGACAGUGGGCAAGCCUCACGGCCCUUGUGCUCGGUCACCUCCUCCUCCUGUGCGACCUUUGAAGGAUCGUCAGGUCCUAGUGAACUUGGGGUGGCUACACCUCUUGAUCAGGAUUCGCAGUUUAUAGCUACAAAACCGGAGGAUGGAACUGGUGUUAUCAUCGCUACGCCUAGAGUUUCGAUGAUUACGUCUGGAAUUUUGACGGCUGCCCAUGGGGUUUCAAUGAAUGCACCUGGAACUUCAAUGGCUGCCCCUGGAGUUUCGAUGGCUACCUCUGGAGUUUCGAUGGCUACCUCUGGAGUUUCGAUGGCUACCUCUGGAGUUUCAAUGGCUGCCUCUGGAGUUUCGAUGGCUACCUCUGGAGUUUCGAUGGCUACCUCUGGAGUUUCGAUGGCCGCACCUGGAGUUUCAAUGGCCGAGCCUGGAGUUUCGAUGGCUGCACCUGGAGUUUCGAUGGCUGCACCUGGAGUUUCAAUGGCUGUGCCUGGAGUUUCGAUGGCUGCACCUGGAGUUUCAAUGGCUGUUCCUGGACUUUCGAUGACUGCAACUGGAGUUUCAAUGGCUGUGCCUGGAGUUUCGAUGGCUGCACCUGGAGUUUCAAUGGCUGUGCCUGGAAUUUCGAUGGCUGCACCUGGAGUUUCAAUGGCUGUGCCUGGAGUUUCAAUGGCUGUGCCUGGAGUUUCGAUGGCUGUACCUGGAGUUUCAAUGGCUGUGCCUGGAAUGUCGAUGGCUGCACCUGGAGUUUCAAUGGCUGUGCCUGGAGUUUCGAUGGCUGUGCCUGGAAUUUCGAUGGCUGCACCUGGAGUUUCAAUGGCUGUGUCUGGAGUUUCGAUGGCUGUACCUGGAGUUUCAAUGGCUGCACCUGGAGUUUCGAUGGCCGCAACUGGAGUUUCAAUGGCUGCAUCUGGAGUAUCGAUGGCUGCACCUGGAGCUUCGGUGGCUGUGCCUGGAGUUUCGAUGGCCGCAACUGGAGUAUUGAUGGCUGCACCUGGAGCUUCGGUAGCUUUGCCUGGAGUUUCGAUGGCCGCAACUGGAGUAUCGAUGGCUGCACCUGGAGCUUCGAUGGCUGCACCUGGAGCUUCGAUGGCUGCACCUGGAGUUUCGAUGGCGGAAGCAGCCACGACUUUACAUCCGAUGCCACCUGGAGACAGCAGCGUAUCGUCGGAGAUGGUGCAGGACGCCCCCCACGCGGACACCUCCCCCCCUGCCGCAGCUGCUGCCCCCCCACCUGGGGGUGCUGUGACUCAUCCUCCUGCCUUGGAUGGGUGGGACCAUAAACCCCAUUCAGUUCCCCCAUGGGGAGCCCAUCACCCGAUCACAGAGUCUGUCGGUCACAAUCCCCCCUCGGGGGGGACCGCUACCCCCAUUGUAUUUGAGGCCCACCCCUUCCCUCCCAGCCACCUUGCCCCCGCGGUCCCCCCCAACCCCGGUCAACUCACCCAUCGUCGCAAUUCAGCCCCCGUGCCCCCCAUGAGAGGGUUAGAGUGCCCCUUGAGCGCCCUUGUCGAGAACCAGGCCGAGCUGUGCUCUCCCUUCCCCCUUCAGUUGGGGGAUCCUGGGGCUAGACCCCUCCUCGGUCAGGCCCUCAGCACUUCUUGCAUCACGGGCCCAUCUCCCCUCACCGCCAGCACACUCAACUUGAACGCGAGUUUGAGCGCCAGCGUUCAUGGUGUCUCAACUGGCGAUACCUGGUCUAAUAUCCCCAACUUGACUCACCCUCCUGCAUCGGGUAUCAUGAACCUUGGUCAUGCCAUGCAGCCCAGUCAUGAAUAUCCUCCCCAUGACCCCAUGGAGACCCCAAAUGCCCUGUAUCAACAACCCCUUGGUACCUUUACCUCAACCCCCAACACCAUGGAUACCCAGUCACAACCACACCCCUUAGGGGACGUUCCUCCCCAUCACUGGCAUGGAGAUGACCUAUUCUAUCAUGCUACCCCGUCAUCAGACGUCGUGCUGACGUCAGCUCUAACCACCCCAUGUCUCCCCAGCUCGUCAGGGGCUGACACUGCCGUUGAUGUGGCGGAAUGUUCUGCUGACGUGAUGCCGUGUCAAGCGUCAGCUGAAGGCGCCUUGUCAGACGCCUGUUGUCAGCAGGCGCAGUCAUGCGCCAAGCAACAGGACAAGAAGAAGAAAAAGAAGAAGACGAUGGACAAGGUGCCCAAACUGACCAUCCUGAGCGUGGUGGACACGAUGGUCGAGUGUCAGCUCGAGACCACCACUCAGCAGACCAAGUUCCGCUUCGAUGUUACCGACGACGAACCUCAGGACGUUACCAGCAAACUGGUCAUGACGAACCUGCUGCCUACCCUUCACGCGGAGGUGUUCACCAAGAUGCUGCUCGACAUCAACCGCCAGCUGCUGGAGAACAAAAACGUCAUCCCCGUCGUGGACUUCCUCGACCCCAAGUUUGGGGCUGCAGUCCCCAUGACGGACGGGUCUAAGCCCCCAGCGGACGCCUCCAGGGCCUCCAGGUCCCCCUUACAGGGGCGCAAGCUGUCCCAGCCUCCGACCAGCAGACCCACGGAGGAGUCCAUGGAGGCGGUGCGGCGCAGCAGUUUCGGGGCGACCAGCGCUGUGGCCGCCGUGCGGUCGUCACGACGACACGCCGCCUCGCAGCGCGCCCGCCCCUCGACCGGGGUAGAGGACUUCGGGGGUGUAAAGGAGGACAGCGAUUCUGUCUCUCCCAUUCGCCGCCUGUCAUCGUGUCGGGACCAGGAGCAGGAGGAACAACUGGAGCUUGCAGUGGAGGCUUCCACUCAACAACAACAGCAACAACAGACCGAGCUUCAACAGCAACAACAACAACAGACCGAGCGUCAACAGCAAACCGAACAGAUGGACUCAACAGAAGCCUCACGUCAGCAGAUAAACCAACAGUCAACAGUACCUGAGACUGUAUCUCAGCAACAGAGGGAAACAACCGACGUUCUGGCGCCCUCCGUUGUCCUGCCGAGUGUUCAGGGGGCGGCGCCCCCCGCGCCUGAGGCAGGGACGGCCAAGAGGUUCUCCCGCUUCGUCGUCACUAGCGUCGUCUUGGAGUCCGACCUCGCGCGGGCCAAACCAAGCAGGAGCCCCAGCGUGACGAGAUCCUGCAGCAGCAGUAGCAGCGCAACUCCAAACUCCUCCGUCACCACGUCUCCCCGGGACUCUGCUCCUCUCCCCUCCAUUCCCCAGACUGCUACUCCUACUCCAGGUGCUCCUACUGUAGCGUGCGAUGCUCCUACCAGUACCUCCACUACUCCUACUCCUACUUGUGCGCACUCCAGCGCCUCCUCCAGUUCCGCCUCCACCGUCGUGUCUCUCAACGCCAUCGACCCUCCUACUCCUGCAUCAGCCGCUGCUGCUUAUGUCCAUGCAGCGCUCGACACUCCUACUCCUACUCCUACUGCUACUCCUACCACUGGUGGUCCCUCUACCUGUGCUGGUGACCAUGCAAGUGAAGUUCCUCCAACCAUUGCUGCUCAUCUUACCACUAGUGCUACCACUGCCACUGCUGCGCACCAGGCCGAAGUGGCUAGUGCUGGAGAAGACAGUGGCAUAAGUCUCAACCAACAGCAGCAAACUUCUGCAGCUGUUGAACAACAACAAGCUUCACAAUCUACAGAACAACAGCAGCAACAACAAUAUCAAGAUGGACGACAAGAGCAAGCACAGCAGCAGCAGCAGCAGUAUGUUGACAUGAGCCAGUCGAACAUGCAGCAGCAGCAGCAGCAGCAUGCUGACAUGUGUCAGUCGAACAUGCAGCAGCAGCAGCAGCAUGCUGACAUGUGUCAGUCGAACAUGCAGCAGGAGCUGCAAGAGCUGCGUGCUGCAGUGACACAGGUGCUGGUAUCACCUCAGCACCACCGAUCACCUCCCCUCAUGAUGUCACUGAACUCAAGUCCUGACAUAACCUACGUGCCAGCCAUACCUGGUGCCGGGUACUCUCUGGCACCUCGUGGUGCAUGGCCAGUCACACUUGAUGGCACCUUCGUGGCACCUGAUGGCACCUUCGUGGCACCUGAUGGCAGCUUCGUGGUAGCUGACGGCAGCAGCUUCGUGGCACCUGAUGGCAAUUACGCGAUGGCACCUGAAGGAAGCUUCACCAUGGCACCUGAUGGCUCGUACAUGACAGUCCCCGACUCGCUCGUCCUCCCCAACUCUGCCCACCAACCCAUGAGCGUCUCUACGACCUCCCUUGAUGACCUCACUUCCUCAGCGAGCACUUUGAACCUCAGUCGACAGCUGGCUGAGGUGCUGAGCGGUAGGAGCCACGGCGUCCGCCAUCGGGGGACGGGGGCCACACAGCAUCAAUACUUCUGGCCCUCAGCACACUACCUCACCUACCCCUACUCCUACCUCUACUUCCAGGUACUACUACCUCACCUACCCCUACUCCUACCUCUACUUCCAGGUACUUCUACCUCACCUACCCCUACCAUUACUUCCAGGUAG